GCGCAAGUUCGGCCUGGGCGAGGAGGAUGUAGAGGGCGAUAGGGACGGGUACGCGGAGGAGGUGAGUGAGGCCCGGUGCAAUCGCAAGCUCGGCGUGGACGAGGAUGACCUUGGCGAGGGCUUAUUCGAGAACGCCGACGGCACUAAGCGGCAGGCGGCCGAGUUCUCGAUCGAAGAGGAGUACGAGGCCGACUGGGUGGCCCUCGCUCCGGAGUUCGCUUAUUUGUUGCCACAGUCCGCUCGGCCCGAGGGGGGGGGCCAGAACGACCCUCAGCUGGCGGAGAGCAUGGAGACUCUUGGCCUCGGUGCCCCCGAGGCUGGGGGCCAGGCCGAGAAGAGGGAGGAGGUCGUAGAGGCGGAGGAGGCCGAGGACGAGGGGGAGGAGGUCGCCGAGGAUGCGGAGGCGGUGAUGGAGGAGGUCGGCGGCGACGACGUCGACGAGGAGGUGGAGGUGGUCGUUGAAGGAGCCGUGGAGGGAAUCGGUGAGGAGGGCGCCGACGACGUCGAGGAGGCGGAGAGCUUCGCGACGGCGGCGGCGGGCCCGGACGGGCGCGAGGGCGUGCGCGAGGACGCCGGCGGCCCCAGGAGGCACGUGUUGGAGGGCCACGUGGAGCUGAGGGGCUUGGGGGCGCGCCUGGAGAACCUGAAGGCCCGGGACAGGCGCAAAUUUGACGCGGGCGUGGGCGAGGGCGAACGCGAUCCCAGCGAGCAGCACAUCGCAGUCGUCGAGAACCCCUCCUACGAGCGAGACGCGACCAUCCGGAUCGCGCCGAUGGCGCGCGCGGAGCGGCCGCUGCAGCCUGCGGCGGCGGGCCAGGCAGCCAUGCUGAAGGCCAUGCUGUGCGCGGUGUUGAAUGAGAUGGGCGCGCUGGUCGCGACGGUGAGCCUGCCAGUCGAGAUGGAGCAGCCGCCUGACGCCGAGGUGAGCAUGCCGGACGAGAUAGAGAUCCGGCCGGAGGCCAAGAGGAACCCGCCGGACGCGAUGGAGAGCCUGCCCGCGGCCACGGUGAGCAUGCCAGAAGACGCGGGGAGCCGGUCGGAGGCCGAGCCGAGCCUAUCGGACGAGCUGGAAAGCCUCCAGAAGGCCAAGGCGAGCGCGUCUGACGCGUUGGGAGGCAGGCUGGAUGCCGAGGUUAACAGGAUGGACGAGCUGGAGAUCACGCCAGAGGCACAGGUGAGCUUACCGGGCGAGCUGGAGAGCCUGCUGGAGGCCAAGAUGAGUAUGCCGGACAAGAUGGAGAGCCUGCUGGAGGCCAAGAUGCAAAACCGGACGAGCGAGAUAGGUGAGCAUGCCAGACGAGCUGGGAGUCGGCCGAAGGCUAAGAUGAGCUUGAUGGACGCAUCCAUUGGCACACUGGAUGCAAGGGGGAGCGCGCUGGGCGUCGUCGCAAGGGCGGACCCGUCGCUGGCCGCCCUGAGCUCGAUGCGCAUCGUUGUGCUGGCCGAGGUCCAUGGCUGGAGCUCGAGCGGCGCGUCGGUCGCGGAUUGCCUGGGGCGGCUCGCGGGCCUC